CAAAUUUCCCAGCUCGCCGCUCUCGUGACAGACAAGUCCGUGUUCUGGGAGAACAGAGCAAGCAUUCGAGACUCUGCGCGAGCCUACAAGGACAGCGUGAAGUGGGUCGGAUCGGCUAUUGCGGAUAUUCUCCGGUCAUCUUCACAUGCGGAGGAUCCCAUCUGGGUCCAGACGGCUUUGCAAGCAGUCGGCACGAUAUUCGCGAGCUGCGCCAUAAGGUCUUGGAGCAUCCGCUUCGACCUGGCGCAGAACUGCUUGCUGACCGACAUUCACACGAGAAUGUUCGAACACGGUGAGUCAACAUGCACUGCAGAUCACGCAGGACUCACCUCAAAGUAUGUAGAGCCCCAAGCAAUCUCUUCUCGAUGGAGAGUUCUGACUAGGCGAUAUGCAAGAAAUUCGGAUACAAGCGAUAUCCUACCGCGACUCUCCGAUCAGCUUCUAGAAGCCUUCAAGAACGUCGUCCUCAUUGCUGGUGUGCGGAUGAUGGCUCCCUCUUUACAAUGGACGAGUGUUCAGGAGAAGAUGAAGGACAUCAUCGUCGAAAGCAUGGUCGUGCAGAAGGCCAUCGGAGAAGACAUCGCAUUUAGCGAUUUCGAGGUUAUUUGCCCAGAGUCUAACACCCAGUUUAACGCGGAUACCAUGGAGGAUGCCGACGAUUGCGGAUGCAGAAGGCGGAAGAGCGUUGCUGAAGGUAUGCCCGUCUUAUGCACGACGGAGCUCGGGUUAAGAAGGCGCGAGAAGGUGGGGGACCAGGGAGGACGGUCAGGAAUCAAGCACACAACAGUUAUGAAGGCCAAGGUCGCGCUAUAGCUCGCUGUGCACAAUGCAGCCCAUACGCGCAAGUACGUGUCUGUCAU